UUUCAUUUUUGUUUAGUUUUGAAAAAUAAAAAUAGUUUUUUGAGAGAGAUACGGAAACUGAAAGAUUUUCUUUUAAGCCAAGAAAAGAAAUGUUGUCACAGCCUUCUGUUGAGUCAUUAUUUGAGACAAAGGAGAAGUUAUAAAAGGAGCUCUUUUAUUGGGACGGCCAUUAAUUCUGGUUCACCGAACUUGUAGACUCGUAAGUACGGAGAGAGAGACUAUAGAGAGAAAAUCUUGGCUUUUAAAAAGGGAUUGAGAUUGAGAUUGAGAGAAGGUUGGUUAAAAAGAAAAACAAAGGAAAACCAGGGGCCUUUUGCUUCUUCUUUGUUUAUAAAAUAUCAAAUUCUAAUUAAUACACUCAAAGCUGAUUCACGAGAUUGUCAGUUCCAAUCUUUUUCUUUAAUUUUUUACCAGUACACGUUGCUAUCCAUAAAGUUGGAAACUCUUCAUAUUCUUAAGGAGAAAAAAGAAAGGAGAGAUCUUCUAGUGCUAUUUUUGUUGUGAGGGGUUUUUACUAAGUCAGCUAUUGGAGUUGGAGAAAAGGGUUUUUUGCUAAUUCGACGCUCUUUUUGAAUUUAAGAAGGUGGGGCGAUUCCCUUGUUUUCUUUAUUUACUUUAUUUUGAAUGUUUUUAUGUUUAUGAGAGUAAAUAUUUUGUGCCAUUUUCAUGAUUAGUGUAUUCUUGUUUGUAUGUAUGUUGUGGUGAGUUUUUGAAAGUUCUUUUGUUUGUAUAUUUUAAUUGGGGUUUGAGUUGAGGGAACUUAGCUCCCUCCCUCUUCUCCCCUGUAUCUUUCUGUGACCUCUUUUUGUCUUGUAAUGCAGUUCUUCACGAGGUGUUGUCAGAAUUUCUUUUUCUUUUAAAUUUUUUUUUAAAAAAUCCUAUCUUUUUAUAUCCGAUUUUAUUUUUUUUGUUAAGGUUAUUGAUGCUUUUUGUUUGUUAAUCUUUUGCUCCACACUUCUCUGCUUGCAACCUGUAAAGAUUCCAAAAGCCCUUUCAGAACAUUUCUGCUCAAUAAGCUCCACCUGGGGUCUCUGGAUUCAGUUUUCUAAACAAUAUAAAUAUUUAAAUAUAUACAUUUUGACAGUGCUCUCUCUCUCUCUCUCUCUCUCUCUCUCUCUCUCUCUCUCACUAUUGUUUGUAAGAGAAAGGUAGCUACUUAUGUUAAGCUUCUCAGUCACUCACUGGGGUUAUUUUCCUCAAUUCACUUCUUCACUUGCUGUCUUUUACUUCUUACUUCACAUUUCACAGUAACACAGUGGGUGGUUCAAUAGUAUUUUGACUAAAAAUGACUGUUUGUUUCCAAAUAAAACUUCAUAUUUGACUCAUUGACUUAAAAAGGGUACUCUCUUUUUCAAGCUAUAUUUAAACUCCAAAUUCUACAGAGACCAGAAAACUAUAUCUGCCAUGGGGAAAGCUACUAGAUGGCUUAAAGGGUUAUUGGGUAUGAAGAAAGACAAGGAGAAUAAUGUUGAGACUCCAACAACGGCGGAUGCGGUUGCUGUCAGUGACCGGAAAGAGAAGAAGAGGUGGAGCUUUGGUGCUAAGUCAGAAAGAAGAACAAGCGCAAAUGGGAAUGUUCAGCCAAAUAUUUCGCCCAAUUUGUCACCUUCGGACGCUGCCUGGCUCAGAUCCUACAUUGCAGACUCUGAAAAGGAACAGAACAAGCACGCAAUUGCCGUGGCUGCAGCCACCGCCGCCGCUGCUGAUGCUGCCGUUGCUGCAGCACAGGCGGCUGUGGCUGUUGUGAGGCUGACCAGUCAGGGCGGUGCUAAGCAUACUGGGAAGAGAGAUAAGUUGGCAGCGGUUAAGAUUCAAACCGUUUUCAGGGGAUAUCUGGCUCGAAAGGCUCUGCGAGCUCUAAAGGGACUAGUUAAGAUACAAGCUCUUGUUAGAGGCUUUCUGGUCCGAAAACGAACUGCUGCCACUCUCCAUAGUAUGCAAGCUCUAAUAAGAGCCCAGACUGCAGUCAGAACUCAACGAGCUCGUCGUUCAUUCAACAAGGAGAACAGAUUGUUCCCUGAAUUUCAUUCCAGAAAGUCCAUUGAACGAUUUGAUGAAUUAAGAUGUGAAUUCCACAGCAAGAGGCUAUCGGCGACCUAUGAAGCGUCUGUCAAUGGAUUUGAAGAAAGCCCGAAAAUAGUUGAGAUCGACACAUUCAAACCGAAGUCAAGAUCGUCUCGUAGAUUUAGUACAGCAUUAUCAGAAUGUAGCUGUGGGGAGGACAUGCCUUACCAACCAAUAUCAUCACCACUGCUCUGUCCUGCUCCUGGUCGAAUAUCUAUUCCUGAAUGCCAACACCUUCAGGAUUUCGAGUGGUACUUCAAUGGUCAAGAGUGCCGGUUCUCAACAGCUCACAGCACUCCUCGGUUAGCUAAUCCCUUAUGGUCUAACACCCCGGCCACCCCGGCCAAGAGCGUUUGUGGGGACAGCUACUUCCGGCCGUAUUCAAACUAUCCCAACUAUAUGACAAACACAAAGUCAUUCAAUGCCAAAUUGAGGUCUCACAGUGCCCCAAAGCAAAGGCCGGAAGCAACCACGCCUAAGAAAAGGCUUUCGCUUAAUGAAAUACUGGCUGCAAGGAAUAGCAUUAGCAGUGUUAGGAUGCAUCGAUCUAACAAUGCUCAACUAGUUGAAGAUGAAGAAUCCUACUGUUGACAAAGAUUUCAUAAAGAUGGAUGAUCCUCUGCCUUUUGCUUUAGAGAAGAUAAAAAAUAAAGAAAACUUCUCUAGCUAAAGGCUUUGUUUCCCACUUUAGGAUCAACAAUUAAUAGGUAGAACACAGUGCUUUAAUUUGUGUAAAUUACAGGCCUUUUUUUUCUUCUUCUUUUUCUUUCUUUUAAUUGUCUUUAUGAAAUGAGCAAUGAGAAGAGAGCUUUUCAUUUGUUU